AGACAAAACUGCAACAGAGGAAGGAGCAGCUGGUACUCCCUUGAUAACCACAGAAGAAGCAGGAGGAGUUGCUCCUACAGUGGCUAUGGAAGAAGGGGCAAGCAGUGGCAUGGAGGCCACAGAGGAAGGAGAGGAAAGUGCUUCCAUGACAACCAAGGAGAAAGCAGUAAAAGAUGCGCCCGUGGUGACCCCAGAAGAAAUGUCAGAUGGUGCUCCCACGAUGUCCAUGGAAGAAGGAGCAAAGGCAUCAAUUCUUCUUAGCACAAACACUCUUUUUGGCAGUUCUCUUCUGGUAACAGUUUUUUUCUCUCUUUUGGAAAAGCGUGGUGGUGUUUCUGUAGAGAAAAGUAUGGAGGGUAUUCCUUCCAGUGACAUAACAACCUCUUCACCAUCUUCUGGAGUCAGCAGUGUAAAAUCUGAAUCUCCAGUGCAUGUGGACCACCAUGUAAUGUCAGAUGUCACUCAAUCAGCCAUUUUCCCUACCUAUCUUGACUCUGCUGUUCAGGAGAUGUCUCUUGAAGUCAGUCGGGUUGGCCCCAUAGAAGAGUAUGAUGCGGAUGUUAUGGCACGUUUUGCUGGGCAGGAAUCGGGUAUCGAGGCAGAGGAAGAAAUCCAGCUGGUUGUGUUAGAUCCAAAUCACCCCUUAAUGAAAAGAUUCCAGUCUGCUUUGAAGACCUAUCUCAGCAAACAGAAAGGAAAGCUUACUGAUGAACUACACGAGUUGGCGGUGGCCAUAAAGGAUGGGAAAGUGCGGAGGGAGGAACUUGGUGUGCUCCUGUACGGCGUUCAGCAGCAGUUGGCCCGGCUCCAGAUGGAGCUGGAGAAGAACCACAAUUGCCAUGCUCAGAUCGCCAUGGCCCGGCGGCAGCUAGAGGAGGAGUUGCAUGACCUGAGGGGCCUCUAUAAGAAGACAUUCCAGGGCAGUCAGGACGAACGCAAAAGAGUUUCAUCGGUUCAAAUGGAGAUAGAAAAUCUGUCCCUGCGCCUUUUCUACAUGCAGAACAUGGACCAAGAUGUUCGUGAUGAUAUUGCUGUAAUGAAGAGAACUGUAAAAAAGGCUGAAGUGGAACGGAUGUGUGCAGAAGUGGAAAAGCAAAAACAGGACCUUCAUGUAGACCGUUUAACAAGGAGAGUUAAUGAACUAGAGGAACAGAUUGCUCUUUAUGAAGCCCAGUACAUGGCACAGGGAGAAGAUACCAGGAUCACACGGCAAGAAGUGGGAGAGGCAAGUAUAGAGAUACAAGCUAUUAACUUGGAGAAAAAGCAGCUCUUGCACCAAUGGACUGUCAGUUUGACUGGGAUGAAGCGCCGUGAUGAGGCAUAUGCUGCCAUGCAAGAAGCAUUAAGAGAUUCUAGGCAUAAGCUCAAGUCUUUAGAGGUUGAAAUUGAAGUCUAUAAGAAGUCUAUCAUCAAGGAGGAAGAGAGGAAUGAAUUGUUGGCUUCUAUCCUGAACCGUUCAGAGAAUGAUGCCAACACAAGCAGAAAGCUGAUAGCACAGAGCUUGUCUAAACAAGAUGCCAUGAAAGUGGAAUUUGGCACCUACACCCGUACCCUUCAGGAGACAGAGCAGGCCCUCAAUAGAGCCAAUGGGGAUCGAGCAGCUCGCAUGAACGAAUUGGUAGUUCUUCGUAGAGACAUAGAGAAAGGAUCACAAACCAAGCAGGAUUUGGAAAACGAGAUCAUGGCCAAGUUGCAAGAUCAGAUGAUAUCAAAUAAAGCAGCAAAAUAUUUUUUACAACUAGGAGCUAAACUUCAGAAUACACUGCUGACUUUGGAUGUACAACUUACCAGACUUGAAAAUGAAACAGCUCAAACCUCAUUGGAUAUAACAAAUACAAAUAAUAAGCUGAACAUGCUUCAGAAGAAUCUUUUGGAACUGGACAAGGAACUGGAUGACCUAAACACCGAGAUCAGUCAUAGCGAGACUGAGAUUGCUAAACGUAAUCUCCUGAUUGGACGUAAACAGGGAGCCAUCAACUUGUACAACAAGAAAUUGGAAAUGAUCAUUUCUCAGCUUGGGGGACAAGAAUUGGGGCCUUUGGAAAUUGAAAUUAAAAAACUCACCAAACUAAUAGAUGAAGCGGAGUUGGAGGUAGUGAAGCUCCAAAGACACUGGAUGAGGCAGCAGAGGGAGUUAGUGAAGCUUACUCAAGAAGGAGAAGAGCAGCUGGCUUCCUUAGAUAUGCUAAAGAAAGAGAUCACAAUCAAGGAGCAAAAGAAGCUACGCAUUGAGAAUGAUAUUCAGCAGGAGAAAAAUGAACUGAAGGACAUUGAACGACACAUGAAGAAUAUGUCUAAUGAUCUGGUGAAGCUACAUUUAUUGAUCAAUAAGAAUAGUGAGAAUUCUAAUGAGUUGCAGCAAGGAAACACCAUCAUGGAAAAUGAAUUUGUGCGCUCCCUCAAGAUAUCAGAGAGAGAAUCAAUUGAGAUGCAAGAGAAACUGGACCGACUCCAUGAGGAAAAAGAGAGGCUCCUCAACAGUCUAGUUGAGGCAGAAUGUCAGAUGAUGCAAUGGGAGAAGAAGAUACAAAUGGCCAAAGAGAUGCGUGCUGCAGUGGACUCAGAAACUGGGCGGGGUGAGAUCAGAGCCAUGAAGUCAGAGAUUCACAGGAUGCAGGUAAGGUACCAACAGCUGAUGAAGCAGCAGGAGAAGUUAAUGAGAGAGAUGGAGGCAGCGGUUUCCCGCAGGGAAACAAUUGUGAUUCGUGCUGAGGGCCAGAGCAAAACGAAUAAGCAAGUGCUGACAAAGGGUGAUUACCACUACAAGAAGUUGGAGCUAAAAAAAAAGAUCAAAGAGAGUCAGAAGAAUGCUGAGGAAUGCAGCAAAACCAUAAUUCAGCUUGAAGAAUCACAGCAGAACCUCAACACAGCAUUUGUGGAUAAGCAGAGAAUGCUUUCUGCUUUGAAUUUUGAAACAGAAGAACUUGACCAAAAAAUCGAUCAGUUGCAAGCAAAGAAACGGCAGAACCUUUCAGAUAUUGUGUCCAAUCAGACACGCGUGAAGCACUUGCAGGCCGUGAAGGAAGGGAAGUACAACCUAAUAUGUCGUUCUGAGAUAAUGGCCCGUGUUGAACAUCAUAAAGUGGAGGAGAGACUGCAUACCAUUAGCACCAUUCUCCAUCAGGUUGAGCAGGAGCAUCCUCAUUAUCACAAGACGUUGAACAGGGUUGCCCAAGUAAUAGCUCAGAAACUGGAAGAACUAACUGCACAGAAUCAGUCUGAAGAAAAAUAGCGCUGAACGUUUUCAAAAUAUAGAUGUGAGAAUAACUGGAAUAUUAUUUCCUGACAGUAGGUCAGUGGAUAGUAAACAGGAAAGAGAAAUAUGGGGAUGGACAGGAUAGCUGUGGGCUUAAAAAGAAGUGAGUCAGUUUUAUAUGCAAAUUUUGCUUUUUCCAUUGUACUAUUCUUGUGUCCUAAAUAAAAUUAUCAGUUGGA